AAAGUUUUCGCUACAUACACAUAUCAUGUCUGGAGGACCAGUUCCAGUUUGGAAAAAGUAUACGUCCGGUUCGAAAGGGAUCUGGGAAAAGCUCAGACAACUAUUGGUAUUAGUACCUAACAGAUCAAGUGGUAAUCCAAUCGUAUCAAUGUUCCGUGCACAACCCCCAGGUGACAGAAUUACAGAAGCCAGAAACUAUGUGGACCCAAUCACCAUCCCUGCAGGUGAUAUCAAAGGAAACGCAUAUCACCAUAGAGACUAUAGAAGAAACUAUCCUCAAAUCUACGGGUUUGAUCAAACUAAAGUGUCUGGUUUGUUGAAGUUGGGUUCAGUUGAAAAGCCAAGAAUCGCUAUUGGUAACAAAGGAAACCAGGAAUUACAGGUCUUCAACGAUCCAGGGGCUCCAGUGAGUUUAUCUGUUACUUUGUCGAGUGUAGAUUCAAGCAUCGUCAAGGGUGAAGUGUUGGGGGAUGUUGGUGAACCAAUCGUGGCUCCUUCUUUAAAUAAGUUCACCUGGAAGAUUACCCAAGAGCAAGAAAAUGGGAUGUAUACCGAUCAGUAUCCAUGUCGUGUUUUCACUGAUGAAAAGAAUUCAUCUGCCAGAGCUUCCAGCUAGAAUCCUAUUUUUGCAUCAUAAUGUACUUUAUUCCAUAGAUAAUCUAUAUUUCACAUAUAAGUGUUUAAAAACCCCUGUUCCGUAAAUCAUAUUCCAAGUUAUCAAGUAUCCAAGAACGUUUGACGGAGUACCCUGCACGAACGUGUCUGUGGUUUCAAGUGUUUCACACGGGUGAAUCUUGAAGUAGGUUCCUGCAAGAAGUGUAUGAUUAUCUAUAGUUAAAGGAACGUCACGUACAAGACCUAGAUCCCGUAUAUCAUGUAGUUGAACCAACUCAUCAAACUCUCCUUGUCUUCUAAACACCUGGAAGCAUAGCAACGGAACAGUAUAAAACUCGUCAUAGGAGAAGACUGUAAUAAUUAAUAAACCAUCCAAUUCCAAUACCAACUUUAGGAGACACUUGUUGAAAAUCAGCUCAAUUGACGAGCUUAAUAUCAUCAACCGCUUGUCCGAUUGCAAGCUUGACACUAUCACUUCUUUAAAUUCAGAUAAGCAUUUGUUGAACUCAUCACCAGUUAUUAUCAUCAGCUGAAAAUUAGUGCGCUCGUCAGAUAACUUCGUAUAUCAUUUAUAAAACCUAUUUCAACAAUACAUAUCGAAAUCCCUAGCAAUAGGGUAACUACACGAGGACCGAUCAAACUCGCUCAUCUGGUUACCAUCUGGUUACAUUGAUUAAGGAUCAUUACUUGACUCACAUCCUUCCAGUUGUAUUUAUUUCUGGAGUGUGAAGGUUUCGUCUCAAUUUGUACAACAGCUGUACAACCAACACCUCGUUCGCUACUUGGUUUCUUCAUCCUCAGCCGUCCGCUCGUGCAACAAAUUCAGUUUCCCAUAUGGCAAUACACUGGCAUUGCUAAUGGAGUUCCGAUUAUACAUCUCCUUGACUUUCUCGGCAUUGGGAUGGCUCAUGGGCAUUGAAGAAGGUACAGAGGACUUGCUGCCGCCCAAUUGCUUUUGCAUGGCAUAGUCACCGCUGUCAAAGUAUUUCUUCUCUUUAAUUUUGGAUGUCAAGAUUUGCUGCCGAGUGGGCAAUUUGCCAUACAUUCUGUAUAUUUUCAAUUCAUCUGGGGUUAACUUAUUCAAGUCCAAGUUCUGCGUGUUCUUUGGAGGACCUAAUGGGUCAUCUUCAUUCAAGGACAUCUUUUCGUGGUUCAAGGUUGAAGU